AUGAACUGUGAAAUCAAGACUCAUUCACGGAGCACAUCCACUGCUUCCUUUUCAACGACUAUCAUCACAUCAGAUGAGUCUGAGAUUAUGAACCCCAAGAUAUUAUGUGCAGUAAGAGCAGGCGACAAAGAAUCCCUUGUCAAAAGGAUAAAAAAUGAUGCAAAGACCAUACAACAACUCGUAGACAAUCAUGGAAACUCACUACUCCAUAUCGCUGCUGCCUCGGGUCAUGGAAAUAUAGUCGAUUAUGUAGUCUCUAAAUUUCCGAAUCUUGUUGAAAAGGGAAAUCUGAUGAAUGAAACUGCUCUUCACGUUGCAGCUAGAGCAGGCAGUCUCACUAUCGUUGAGUUUCUUGUUAGAUUCCUAACAGAGUCUUUGAUAAUUUCGGCUAAAAGCGACAACGGAGAUACCGCUCUACACAUUGCGUUGAAAGAAAAACAUGAAGAUGUUGCUUUCUACCUUUUAAGUGUGAGUCAUGAUGAUGUAUCAUUUGAUGUGAACAAUGAUGGAGUUUCGCCUUUAUAUUUGGCUGUAGAAGGUGGAUAUUGCGACCUCGUGGCAAAUAUGCUAGAAUCUUUAUCUUGCCCAUCUAAACUAGCUUUGAUGUAUGAUGCAAAAUCUCUUGUACAUGCAGCAAUGAGGGCCAAGAGAAUAGAUAUCCUUGGUAUUAUUCUUCGUCAAAAUCCAAGACUUAUAGAAUUACAUAAUGAAGAAGGAAGAACAUGUCUUUCAUUUGGAGCAGCAAUAGGAUUUUAUGAGGGAAUUAGCUACAUACUAUCAGAGUUUGAUAAAGCAGCUUCAAGUUUGUGUUAUGUAGCAGAUGAUGAUGGAUUCUUUCCUAUCCACAUGGCAGCGAGAGAAGGGCAUGUCAGAAUCAUAAAAGAGUUUCUUAAACAUUGUCCUGACUCAGUAGAGCUACUCAACAGUCAAUGUCAGAACAUUCUUCAUAUUGCUGCCAAAACUGGCAAGUCAAAAGUUGUCAAGUAUCUUCUAGAACUUGAUGAAGAAAAAAGAAUGAUGAAUGGACAAGAUUUGGAUGGAAACACUCCGUUACAUCUAGCCACGAAACACAGGCACUCGAUGGUUGUGAAUAUACUUACAUGGAACAAGAAUGUUAAGCUUGCAACAAUGAACAAUGAUGGCUUUACAGCUCUAGAUAUUGCUGAGGCGUUAAAGGACAAUGCCUACAUACUUCGAAAGAGAUUGACUUGGAUGGCUUUGGUAUCAGCUGGUGCUCCAAAUGGUCCAAAACAGAUUCCUUUGAACAUGGUUUCAACUAGUCUCAUAGAAAAUCCGGAAAUAUAUAAAGAUAGUUUCCAUACUCUUAUGGUGACUGCAACACUUGUAGCAACUGUGACGUUCACCGCAGGUUUCACAUUACCUGGUGGUUACAUCAGCUCUGCUCCAGAUAUAGGCAUGGCUGCAUUGAUAGAUAAAAUGAAUUUCAAAAUAUUUAUAUUGUUUAACAGCAUUUCAAUGUGCAGCUCUGUGGUAACUAUAAUGGCACUUAUAUGGGCACAACUAGGUGAUGCUGUUCUGACAAAGAAAGCUUUUAAACUAGCUUUGCCGCUUCUUGUAAUCGCUUUUCAAUCUAUGGCAAUGGCGUUUGUGGCUGGAGUUACUCUUGUCAUAAGCGAUCUCCCAUGGCUUUCGCAUCUGGUAUUAGCCAUAGAUACAAUCUUCUUUGUGUUGCUGAUGCUGCUUAUCAUUCCUUACGCUUUCUCCUCUACCAGACAAGGCUUUCUCCGACACAUCUUCUACUUUCCUUACUUCUUGAUGCUUUUGGCUGUUGGUGAUGAGAGGAGCAGCAUCGAUUGCUGAAAGAGUGCUCUGUUUUUAACAGUGUCCGUGUUAUGGAAACUCUCACAAAUAAAACAGGAGAUGUAAAAUGUGUUGGAGCUUUAGAGUUUGGUAUAAAGAGCAGACAAUUCCACUUGAAAGUUGUAACUCUAAGAUUUUGUUUGGUGUAUUGUAUAGCGGUGUACGAUAUUUAGAUGAGGGCACAUGAGCUUAUUUAGUUAUUUUUAUUAUGUCUAGUUAUAAGAUUAUGAGACAUCUCUUAUAUAUUAUUUAUGAAUUGAUUUUGACAUAU